AUGAAAUGGAUGAUCGACGCAUCUUUUGCGGUGCAUCCAGAUUUCAAGAGCCAUACUGGCGGCACUCUGUCCUUUGGAAGAGGUGCAGCUCAAGUGAUGUCAAAGAAGCAAAAGCUAAACAACAGAAGCCGUACGGAAGCGGAACUGAUUGCUGUUGACAAUGUUAUCACAAUGAUACUAUGGACAAAGUUGUUCAAGGAGUGGCAAGGGUAUCCGAUCAAGAAGAAUAUCUUGUAUCAGGAUAACAAAAGCCCGAUUCUACUGGAAGAGAAUGGUCGCACGUGCACGGGCAAAAGAAGCCGGGCUUCAACAUUUGUUAUUUCUUUAUCACAGAUCAAGUUGAGAAAGGAAAUGUUAAGAUCGAAUACUGUCCAACUGACAAUAUGA